UUGUUGUCGUUGGUGUGUCUUUGGGUCUGAUCUCGACCAGACGGGUAGAAUCUGGGAGGAGAAGAAGCGGAUGGGGUUGGACCUUACCUACGGAACGGCUUUCAAUCUGAGGAGAGAUCUCGAUGCCCAAAUUCUCUCCAGAUUCCAAAGACCUCCCGGAGCAUUGCCCUCUUCCAUGCUAGGAUUUGAGGCUCUCACUGGUGGCUUGGAUGAUUUUGCUUUUGAAGAUUACCUUAACUUGCCACAGGACUCGGAAACAUUCAAGCCACUGGACAUGCAUCACGGGAUGGAAGUUCGCCUUGGCAUAUCAAAAGGACCUGUUUGUCCAAGUUUCAUCUGAAGUUAUUGUUCUAUGUUGGGUGACACUGGCAACGUUUGCUUCAUGAAACAUGUUAUGAGACGCCAUUUGAUAUUUUGAACUUGUUCGACAGUGACAUUGAGAUUUAUCUAAAUGUACUUGAACAAGUGAAAUGAUGAAUCAGGACUUCUUGCGCUUGCAUUAGCAUA